GUUGACAAAAGAGCGGCCUCAGUGACCUUGACGAUUAAUGCAUCUUUUGAAUGUCUGAUAAAGGUGAUAAGAUUCCAAUACAGCUAAGCAUAACGGACGGGAAAUUCUUGUCGACUGUUUAUCUUCUGAUCACAGUAUUUGUGAUCUGAAGGAGGAGCUGUAUAGACGGACUAGUGUCUUACCCGAAAACCAGAAAAUUCUAGGUCUCCGUACAAGAAACAGUGUAUGAUCCUGUGACAAACUCGACUAAGUUAUCAUGUUUGCUGUUGAAAGCUAACACCAGGUUAAUGCUUAUUGGGUCAACUCAGGAGGAAAUUUUCCAGGUUAACAGUGCAAAAGAUUGUCCUGAUGUUGUCGAUGAUUUUGAUUAUAAAGAAGAAGAUAUUGAUCUUUGUCACGCGCCGGAGAAUAUUGAGAAGGUUGAAAAGCGUUGCAAAGCUUAUCGUCCUCGAAAGUUGGCAGAGUUUCGAGAUGGAAAAAAAUUGCUGGUACUGGAUAUAGACUAUACAAUAUUUGAUCACCUUACACCAGCCGAAUCAGCACAUCAUUUGGCUCGUCCGUAUCUAACGGAGUUUCUAACUCGUGCUUAUGUGCAUUACGAUAUCGCUAUAUGGUCCGCAACCAGUAUGACAUGGAUUCUAGCGAAAUUAGGUCAACUGGGCAUUAUUCCAAUGAGUGUCGCUAGAACAUUCCAACAUCGAAAUCACCAAGUUGGUGGUUCUGACUCAACAGUCAGUAAUUUACUACCUUCAGAAAACUUGAAUUCAGCUGAUAAUCACUCUGGCAGAUCUUUUCAAAUAGCUUUAAUUCUUGAUUCAUCGGAUAUGAUUAGUGUAGAAUUUACCGAACAUGGUAUCAAAGAAGUUAAACCACUAGCAGUUAUUUGGAAGAAUCAUCCUCACUGGGGACCACAUAAUACAAUUAUGUUUGAUGAUGUUCGCCGAAAUUUUAUCAUGAAUCCUCAGAGUGGACUAAGAAUACGUUCAUAUCGUGAUGCUCAUACUAAUUGUUCACAUGAUCGUGAAUUGCUUCACUUGAUUGAAUACUUAGAGCUGAUUGCACUAAAGGAGAAUGAUUUCAACAAGUUAAAUCAUAACAGUUGGGAACGUUAUUUACACAAGCAUCGUAAACAAUUGAAAACAUUAAAAAGUCAACAAAAACGAUGGAAAAUCGUCAAGACAACAGAACAAUAA